GCUUAUUUAUUGGGUGUUGAGUUGUUUGGCUGCGUUUUCAGAAUACAGAAAAGAAUGACAGAGCCUCCUUCGAAACGACUCAAGCAAAGAAGUUUGACCGAGUUUGCUUUCACUAGCGGAUCAAAGCUGAAGAUCCAAGUGCAAGCUGCAAAAUUCUCAAAGAAACAGGACAUACCAGUUAUUACAAUAUCAGAUAAUCAAAGUGAAGACAAAGAACAGUCAACUGAUGACAAAAUGGCUGCUCAUGAAUCGACUGGAAAAAAGUUAGAUGCAAAAGAGGAUUGCAAAGAGGACAGUGAGCUUCUAAAUAUGUACAAAAAUGUCAAUGCAACAAUUGACACCAAAUCCUCUCAGCCAGGCCAAUCUGACAUGUCAAGCAUUGUGGGGCGUAAAAGGCUAAACAGUGACAUAUUAUCAACUCCACCAAAUACUAGUUCUGGUGUCUCCGAAUCAACUACAGAUAAGUCAAACUCCAAAACAAAUAGCAAUGAAAAAGGUACUGAUGAAACUCAAAGCUAUGGGAUGUCACCAGAUCUUUUCUCAGAUUCUGAACAAUUUGCUGAAGACUCUCAGGAGCAAGAAGAUGUCAUAUAUAUACCUCCAAGUGAACACACUGAAGCGCUGGGAUUGCCUAUAAAAGAACUAAAGACAACUCUGACCUGUUCAUUAAAGUUGCCGCCUCUGAAUGCCAGCUCUUCACACACAGUGUUGUUUCGUGUUCCUUACAGUUUCGGAUUCUAUAAACUUCGACCCUACCCAGAUCACUGGACAGAUAAGUGGGAUAAUGACCAUGUCAGGAUGCCCUGCUCACGUGAGAAUGAAUACCCAGUGCAUGGGCAGGUAAGACAGCGGUGGGACCUAAUCGAAAAGGCAUUGAAAGGUGACUUGGGUAAUCCAUUUAAACUUGAGCACGCCAUUCUGUCCUACAACACCAGGUACUCAAACAAAUGGGAUUUCUAUGCUCUUGAGAGAGUCUUCUCAGAGUUCUGCUAUGAGAGAAGAGAGAAAUUUUUCAAGACAACUGUGAAGAAAAUGGCAAUGCUGGCUUUAAGACUACCCAAUAUCUGCACUCAGCCCAUUCCAAUGCUGAAGAAAGGCAAGACGCACAGUAUUACACUCAGUCAGCUACAGAUAUCCUGUUUGUUAGCCAAUGCUUUCUUCUGUACCUUCCCCCGACGUAACGCUCAUGGGAGGAACUCCGAGUAUAGCUCUUACCCAGAUAUUAACUUCAACAGUCUGUUUGCAGGACAUUCAUCAAGGAAAGUUGAGAAACUAAAAUGUAUUCUCGCCUAUUUCACCCGGGUCACAGACUGUGAGCCAGAUGGAACAGUGACAUUUACCCGUCAGGCAUUACAGCAUUUACCUGACUGGGCUGAAUCCCGCACACAGCUGACAAAGCUACACGUGGCCACUGAUAAGAAGAUAGAAGAUGAUGGGGAGGGGAUGCUACAGGUAGACUUUGCUAACAAGUUCAUUGGGGGUGGGGCUCUGUCCCGUGGUCUUGUCCAGGAGGAAAUUCGCUUCAUGAUCUGCCCAGAGAUGAUCGUGUCCCGACUCUUCACGGAGGUGCUGGAGAAAAACGAGUGUCUCAUCAUGACAGGUUGUGAGCGUUACAGUAACUACACUGGUUACUCAGACAGCUUCAGUUGGAGCAGUGACCACAUUGACCAGACAGAAAGAGAUGAAUGGGGUCGUCGUAGAACUGAGGUAGUUGCCAUAGAUGCCAUGGUGAUACGAAAUUACAGUGACCAGUUCAAGGCCUGGUGCGUGAAGCGGGAAAUGGACAAGGCAUACUGUGGAUUUUACAAUCCCCACAUCCCUGCAAGUUCCCGAUCAGCAGUGUGCACAGGAAACUGGGGCUGUGGAGCUUUCGGCGGAGAGAAACAAUUGAAAGCACUUAUCCAGCUCAUGGCUGCAGCAGAAGCAGGAAGAGAUGUCUGCUACUUCACAUUUCAUGAUGUUGAACUUCAGAAGGAACUUUUUGAAAUCCAUAGUUUUCUCAAGGAAGACAAGAACCACUGCAUAGGAGGUAUACUGAAAAUCAUCUCGCAGUACUACAUCAACGUGUGUCAAAACUGUCGCGGCCACCCUGAGAUAUCCCUGUUUGAAUACAUACGCAUGGUUGUUGAAGAAAACAUGUCCAACAAAGGGGAACUUUCAGAGCAAGGCAGCUUUGACUAUAAGGCUAACACACCAUAAAACAGUUUUUGACCAUAAAUAUUCAUGUAUGUCUGUGGAUUGUCUACUUCCGAUAUAACAGAAGUGACUGUGAUAUAACUGGAGAUUGACAGCUCUGUUAGUUAUGCUUUUAAAUAUGUUCUCUGAAUAUUUAUUGGUGGCAAUUGUACUUUUAAGGUACAUGUAAUGCACACACUUGCAUACCAAACCAAAUCUGUGUUGUCCUCUUAAUCUUUAAAUUUAUGGAUUAGUUUGGAAGAGAAAUGGAUUGGUGCUCAAGUCUGCUCACCAGUACUGCUGUCAUAUCACAUAUGGUAUUACUAGGGGAUAUUUUGUUUACAUUUCAUUACAAAAUUUAGAAUAAGCAACAUGAGGAAGUCCGCGUGCAAUCUUUUUGCUGUUAGUGACUGUGUAGCUGGUAUAUCAAGUCUCGGUGUAUUUGUUUAUUUUUUAGUUGUAUAUAGUCACUUAUUUGACAUACUGUAUUUCUUGAACCUUUUCACACUUUUGCAAGUUGUUUAUUUAAGCAUAUUCUGACUGCAGUAUGCAAUGUAUCCCUGAACUUUGCCCAACUAACCGGUUAAAAAUGUGCAUAUAUAGCACUGAAAGUUGCUCUUUUAUAUGCAAAAAGGUUGAGGAAUUAGGGUAGUAGGGGAUAUUUUACACUUCGUUACAAGAUUUAGGUUAAGCAAUAUGAGCAAGUCCUUGUAGAAUCUUUUUGGCUGUUACUAGCUGUGUGACUGGUACAUUAAGUCUCAGAUUAUUUGUUUAUCUUUAGUUGUAUAUAGUAGCAAGGUAAUAAAAAUACAGAAGUAAGGUGUCAUUGUUGCAUUUGGGACGUAAAUGAUGAUGUGAGACUUUAAGUGGUGAAUAAAGACAGCAGUAUUUUUAUUAUCUCAUGUCUGAUGCAUUAUAUGCUGGAAGACUAUCAUUUAUUUAAUAUUAUUUAAGUUAAUGACUAAGACUUCACAAAAUAAAUAUUCAGCCAUUUUGUAUGACAUGCGUUUGUUACCUGAGUAAUCUCUACUGUUCCGUCUUAAUUAUCCAAUAUACAUUCACAGUUUAUAGCAGAUUCAAUAUUUGUCCAAAGUUUAUUCGAUGGGUGCUUUUCUUGUGCAAAGGAAAUGUUCGGUAUCAUCUACAUCAUUUUUUACAGAAGAAUUGUGUGCCAUUAUAAUUCAUGAUAACUGAAUUUUAAGUAUUUAUUUUAUGUUUCUGGGGUAUCUUCUUGCAUCUUUUAAUGUGAAAUAUAAAGUUAAAAGGCACCCCAAGAGUCCAAUCUUCCAACCUAUUUAUUUGAAUGGUGUUUUACGCUGUACUCAAGAAGAUUUCACUUAUAUGGUGGCGACCAUCAUUGUUGUGGGAGGAAACUGUGCAGAGCCUGGGGGAAACUCAACCAACUGCAGGUUGCUGUCAGUCCUUCACUAGUUGCAGUACGUAUUUCUCUACUUGAUUGGUCGUGAGCUGAAGGCCAACCCAUGCACCCAAAAAAUCCAAUCCGUGGAGAACAGUAUUUGUGUGUGUGUGUGUUAAGUUGCUGACAGAACAGCGGCUGGAAGACAAAGGGAGAGCCAAAUAAAAACUGGAAUAAAAUAACCCUCCUUUGGCAGAGGUUAUAAUUUAUUCCUUUUUAGAAGAAGAAGCUUGUGAAAUGGACACCAAAAAUACAUCAAACUCCCUUAUGGUGAUCUUACUUUAAAGUAUGGGUCAUCAUGGCAGAUAAAACCCUAACCAGCUGGAUGUAACCUAAUCUACCCAAGUCAGUUCAAUCCUCCUGUGUGUCUAUCUGUCUUAACAGUGUGUACAGAGUGGCCUAGUUCAUUAUCAAAGUCGUAACUACAAUAUGUAGAUACAUUUACAUCAUGUUAUGAAUUAUUUACAACACAAGUAUUAGCUUUAAUAUAUUGUUCCAUUCUGCAUACACACUUUAUUUCAAACCAUAUUUAUUUAUUUAUUUAUUUGAUUGAUGUUUUAUGCUGUACUCAAGAAUAUUUCAUUUAUACCACGGCGGCAGAGCCCUGGGGAAUCAAACCAUAUAGAUGAUACCAUAUGACUUUUAGUACAGGUGCUUAUGAUGACAUUUAGUGUAUUAAUGUGCAAGAUGAGUAAAAGAACCAUGAAAAGAAAACCAUUUGUUGAUUACGUUUUAUUAUAAGACAAUAAAUAGCAACCCAUAAACAUUCUUUUACACUUAGAGAUUUACUGUGUAUAAUAUUUAUAUAUGUCUGUAGAUCUUUUGAUGGAGGUUGGCUCCUACAUGUAUAUCCAUUUAUUAUGUACAUGGGGCCUUUUUCACUUUAAACACUCAGUGCUACAUGUAUGUGAUGUGCAGAUGGUAUGUGUCUUCUAUACAUAAUUUAAUUUUCAGGUUCUAGGUCUGUGUGAAUUUCUGCUAUUCCUAGGUUUUGGAUAUGUGUACUUAAUCAUUCUGUAUUUCUUUUUUCAUGUAGCAAUACUUACCUCAUUACAUAAACUCUUUCAAUGAGGACAAAUAUUAAUCAUAACAUUAGUGGCUUAAUAAUAUAGUCGGUUUAAUGUGCGUUAUGAUACUUGCGUUAAUGUGCGUUAAGGCAACUGAUCCAAUAUCUUUUCAACUAAGUUGAUUUUUAUGGGUACUUGAGAAGUAAAACUUUCAACCAAAUUUUUAAAUUACAUGUAUAAAUGAAUUUCUGAUUUAUUUCUUAAACUGUUUGCUAAUAAAUUGAAGUUUGUAAUGUGUGAGAAACACUGGAAAGUCAUUAGUUGUACAUGUAAACAUUCAAAUUCUGUACGUUUUAGUUGAACUUUUAUUCUUACUCAUGUUAUAAUUGGUAUAAAGUACUAUUACUAAUAUUGUUGUUCCUUCCGAUGUAGAACUACGCUUCCUGCUAACCCACUUCCUCUCACUCCUUUCCCCAAGAGAAAGUCCACAAAUACAAGUUGCUUCAUACAAAAGCAUUUCCACUUUGUGUUUUCUUGUAUGUCUCCCUAAUUUCAGCAGUCUGUGUCAGAAUGUAUGACAGUGCACAUGUACAUUGUUUAGGAGUCUCAGACAAACAAUAUC